ACUACGGUCUCCUGAAUCCUGCCAGUUUGCGGCUCGGAUACACUAUGUGUCGCCGAGACCUGCCAGGGGAAUUAACGGAUUUACAGAGGAUUUGACAGUUUUACAGGGGUACACCUAGGCCGUAGAAGAACGAAGGAAACCACUCGGGCCAUCAUCCUAGCUUCCGACCCACCACCAAAGUUUGAUUAUGGGCCCGAAGCGUGGUGGUUUCCGUAGGGGGACGAGACAGUCGUCCCGAGUGAGGGGACAGGACCCUCCUCCAGAACCAGAGAAUUUUCCUACCCCAGAACCGGUCCAAGAACCGGUUGAACAGUCAUUUGUUGGAGGCCCCUCAGGGCCCGCACCUCCUAUGCCCACGGUGAUGGGAGACCCAACUUUUUAGCAGACCUUAGAGAUGUUGACUCAGGCCCUAUCCCGGGCAGGGCAGCCUAGAGACCCGUCCUUGGGAUACGCAGACCAAGCAAAAAGAAUUGGGGCCAUAGAUUUUGAUGGUACUGGCGACCCAGCAGUGGCCGAAGGGUGGAUAGAGAGGAUGGAACGGAUCAUGGAAGUGAUGGCCGUUCCACAGGAUCGCAGAGUACUUUUGGCCAGUUUCUUUUUGAUCGGAAAUGCUAGACACUGGUGGGAGUCAAUUAAAAGGAGAUAUCCAGAUCCGUCAGUCAUUUCAUGGCCAGUUUUUCGAGCUGUUUUUAACAGCCAAUAUUAUCCACAAGCGUACCAGAAUUUGAAGAUGCAGGAAUUUUUGCAGUUGGACCAGGGGUUGAUGACAGUACUGGAGUACGAGAAGAAGUUUAAUGAGUUAUCAAAGUACUGUAUUCCACUGGUAGAGGAUGAAAGCAAAAAGUGUCAAUUGUUCACUAAAGGAUUGAAAGCCUCUAUCAGGGACAUUGUAAUUAGUCAACGGCUGACGAACUUUGGAGACUUGGUGAUGUCAGCUUCGCUGGUAGAGAGUAGUCAGAUGAUGGUCAGGGCACAAGGUGAACCUCGGAGACGAUUAUUUGAUUUAGGUGGUCCCAGUCAGGGGUCAUCCAAGAGAGGCAGUUACAGUGCUGGAUCAUCUAGGGGUCGUAGUUUUAGAGGUUUUCGACCAGGAAUUAGUUCCAGUGGAGGCUCAAACCGGAGUGGUAGUUUUGGAAGCCGUUUGGUGGGCAAUGCAGUUAGAGGUUCUGGGAGACAAUCACCCUCAGCAGUUGGGGGGAGGAGGAAUCCACAGUGUACUGUGUGUGGCAGAUAUCAUACCGGAACCUGUCGGCAAGGAACCACAGGAUGUUUCCAUUGUGGUCAGCCUGGACAUUUCUUGCGAGAGUGCCCAGUAUUACUUCAGGGUGGAGAAGCGACUGUUACAAUGCCUACAGAGAUAGGCACAGAGGGCAAAACGCAGUUUAGAGGAGCCUCGUCCAGUGGUGGGAUCCAGACUAGUGUUGCAAGCCGAGGUGGCAGUCAGCAGCAGGGACGAGGUGGACGUGCUAGAGCCACAGGCAGGGUGUAUCACAUGUCCCAGCAGCAGGCACAGCCGUCGCCAGAUGUGGUGACAGGUAUGUUAUCAGUCUUUGGAACUCCUGCUAGAGUUUUGAUUGAUUCUGGGGCUACGCACUCAUUUGUUACGCCUAGUGUUGCCCGCAACGCUGAUGUCAGACAGUCAGCCCUACGGGAUGAAUUAGCAAUCUCUGUACCGACAGGAGAGAUCUUUUAUGUAGGUACGGUAUAUAGUGAUAGUGCAAUAUUAGUAAGGGAUGUGUGUUUAGAAGCAGAUUUGAUUCCACUAGAAAUGGUGGGCUUGGAUGUUAUAUUGGGCAUGGAUUGGCUAGUUAAGCACCAUGCCGCAGUAGAUUGCUUCCGGAAAGAAGUUAUACUUCGUAGCCUUGGACGCCCUGAAGUGACAUUUUAUGGUGAGCGUAGAGUGCUCCCAUCUAGCCUCAUUUCAGUGAUGAUGGCAACGAGAUUGCUCAGAAAAGGGUGCUCAGGAUAUGUAGCUUAUAUAGUGGAUAGUAGGACUCAGGAGUUAAAGUUUGAGGAUAUACCAGUAGUUCGGGAUUUUCCAGAUGUAUUCCCGGAUGAUCUUCCUGGGUUACCUUCCCAUCGGGAGAUCGAGUUCACUAUUGAACUCAUGCCAGGAACAA